AUGGUCGUGCUCCAGGGAUACGCGAGGACUCGCCAAUCGAAUAUCCCGACCUGGCGUGCCUCGCCCGCUGCCCUGGCCGGUCCGUUUGAGGACUAUGUCCGCUAUUCAGACCGAUGGAUAGAGGAAGUCCUGUCAGAAGACGACCCUGCUCCUCCUGCUCGGCCUGGUGAUAAUGCUGAGAACACCCUCGUCGUCCCCGAGAUUGACGAUGAAGGCCACUUCUUGAUGGUGAGUACCCCCCGGUUCUGUACACGCAGGGUUACGCUGACUCUGGGGGUUGGAAAUAGUGAUCCUUAA